GAUACUUUUUUGACAAUUUCGAAUUUUUCAAUUCCAGUGAAUAUCUUCUCUCGCAGCCGCCAUUUUCAUUUCUGUCGACUCUCUUCGAUUCGAUUUUUCAGGGGUAGCCAUUAUGCUCUCCUCUAUAUACGGAUUAUCUCUCGGUAAUACGAAAUUCACCUGUCACAAAGUUUGACAAUGUCAAUAAAUCGCCAUUCGAUCGAAGUGCAAUGUCUCGUAGUUGAUAAUCAAAAUAAUUAAUAUUGUGAAUUAAUAAACUGCUGUCACUGGAUGAAUAAAUUUUCGGUCACUCUAUUAAAAUAUUUUACGUUAGAUUUUGAGAGUUUAUGUGGUUAUAAAAUAUAAUAUAUUGAUGAAAAAUAUAUAAAAACUCUUUACAAAUAUUUUUUUUUUAUAAAUCGAAUCAACCAUGUGUUCACGCAAUGGAACAAAGUACUCACGUAAUUCGUGAAUUUGUUACAUCAGCAAAUACCCAGUAAAUUCUCCCAAGGAGCCGAGAACCCGAGGAGCGAUAAAAAAUUCUAUAAAACAUGGGAUCAGAGCAGAGUUCUCAGGGUUCCUCGGGUCAGACUCAGGCCCGAGGUCAGCUUCGUCGAGGAAAAAGUGUUCCCAAUCGAGAAAGACUCCCAGACGACACACCCCCUCGCUCCACAAGCCCAGGGCCAAGCAUAUGCUCAGACUCAGAUCUACCCUACAUAUCCUACACUGUAAAUCAGCCCAUCGGUGACUCCCCGAAGAUGUCAAACAAACACCUGUCACGUGGCAAGAGUUUCGGAUCAGACAUCGCAAGGAGAAAAUCGAGCCUAGGUAGUAGAAAAAUAACUUCCUCGAAAGCCCACAACAUCGUGGUGGUGAAGCCAGCUGUGUCCGAUCCAGCAGCAGACAGGGAUCCUGAUCUAGUCAAGCUCCAGAGCAUCCCCAUGUUCCUACCGAUCAUGAGGGGAACUCUGAAUCUACCCCCAGGGGUCAGGGACCCUGAGAUUCUCGAGAGACUCGAUCCCCUGGGGCUUUACAACCUCUGCGCAAGGUAUCAGCACCAUCUCAAUGCCAAUGCCCAGAUGAUCACUGGAGAACAGCUGAGUCUCUGCUCUAAUAUCGAUGCCGAGGUCAACAGGAUCAUGGCCCAAGCUGUCGACAGGCAAAAGAAAUUCGCUAAAUUCGCCGAACACAUGAAUAAGGUCCACGAGCUCAGCAGACAUCUCACCAAGUGUCACAUGCAACUCAAUCAGACUCUCGAGAGCCUCGAGACACUCAACAAUCUUCUGCCCAUCAAGGAUCGGUUGGAACCCUUCGUCUGGACCACUGGAUAAUUAUCGAAUUAGGAUAGAACACUGAGAAAUAUAUUUCUCGACAGAUAUGAAAAGAUUUGGUGGAAAAUAUCUGGUGCAUGUUUUCUGGAAUAAUCGGCAUAAUUGCGAUUGCAUUUAUAUUUUCAAUUAAUUUACGUAAUUGUGUUGGAGCUUUGAUUUUAUUUCUAUAUGGAAUUAUUUCACAGGUGCAGUCUCCAGUGACUGGAGAUUCAGAGAAAAAUAUGUUCUCUCGGCGCUUAGCUAAUUGUACCGAGUGAUUCGUGUAAUGCAUUUGGUUGUAAAUAAAUGAGAGGAAGUUUUCA